AUGAGACCAGAGAUUGAACAGGAGCUUUCCCACACUCUUUUGACCGAGUUGUUGGCCUACCAAUUCGCCUCCCCCGUCAGAUGGAUCGAGACCCAAGACGUCUUCUUGAAGGACCACAACACCGAGCGUGUGGUCGAGAUCGGUCCUUCGCCAACGUUGGCCGGCAUGGCCUCCAGAACCAUCAAGGCCAAGUACGAGUCCUACGACGCCGCGUUGUCGUUGCAGCGUCAGGUCUUGUGUUACGCCAAGGACGCGAAGGAGAUCUACUACACCCCCGACCCCGCCGACUUGGCUCCUCCACCAGCUGCCGAGGAGGCCGCCCCCGCUGCCGCCGCCGCCCCUGCUGCUGCUGCUCCAGCUCCAGUGGCUGCUGCUCCAGUGGCUGCCGCUGCUCCAGCCGGUCCAGCCGCUUCCAUCUCCGACGAGCCCGUCAAGGCCUCGUUGUUGUUGCACGUGUUGGUGGCCCAGAAGUUGAAGAAAUCCUUGGACGCCGUGCCCAUGAGCAAGGCCAUCAAGGACUUGGUCAACGGUAAGUCCACCGUGCAGAACGAGAUCUUGGGUGACUUGGGUAAGGAGUUCGGCUCCACGCCCGACAAGCCCGAGGACACGCCAUUGGAGGAGUUGGCCGAGCAGUUCCAGGACACUUUCAACGGCCAGUUGGGUAAGACCUCCUCCUCGUUGGUCAGCAGAUUGAUGUCGUCCAAGAUGCCCGGUGGAUUCUCCGUCACCGUGGCCCGUAAAUACUUGGAGUCCAAAUUCGGCUUGGGUGCCGGUAGACAGGACUCCGUGUUGUUGUUGGCCUUGGUCAACGAGCCCGCUGCCCGUUUGGGCUCCGAGGCCGACGCCAAGGAGUUCUUCGACACCGUGGCCCAGAAGUACGCUUCUUCCGCCGGCAUUUCUUUGGCUUCCGCCGCUGCUGCUGGCGCCGCCGGUGGCGCUGGUGGUGCUGUCAUCGACAGCGCUGCUUUGGACGCCAUGUCCGCCGAGAACAAGGCUUUGGCCAAGCAACAGCUCGAGACCUUGGCCAGAUACUUGCAGGUGGACUUGAACAAGGGCGCCAAGGCCCACAUCAAGGAGAAGGAGGCCUCCGACGUCUUGCAGAAGGAGUUGGACUUGUGGGAGGCUGAGCACGGCGAGUUCUACGCCAAGGGUAUCAAGCCUAUCUUCUCCAACUUGAAGGCCAGAACAUACGACUCCUACUGGAACUGGGCCCGUCAAGACGUGUUGUCCAUGUACUUCGACAUCAUUUUCGGCAAGUUGACCUCCGUAGACCGUGAGACCAUCAACCAAUGUAUCCAGAUCAUGAACAGAGCCUCUCCUACCUUGAUCAAGUUCAUGCAAUACCACAUUGACCACACCCCUGACUACAAGGGUGAGACCUACCAGUUGGCCAAGAGAUUGGGUCAACAAUUGAUCGACAACUGUAAGCAAGUCAUGGACGCUGAGCCAGUCUACAAGGAUGUCUCCAGAAUCACUGGUCCUAAGACCACCGUUGACGCCAAGGGUACCAUUGUGUACGAAGAGGCCAACAAGGAGUCCGUCCGUAAAUUCGAGCAAUACGUCUACGAGAUGGCUCAAGGUGGUGCCAUGACCAAGGUCGAGCAGCCAACCAUCCAAGAGGACUUGGCCCGUGUCUACUCUGCCAUUUCCAAGCAAUCUGCCCUUUCCAAGAGCACCAAGAUGGAGCUCGACCAAUUGUACGGUCAAUUGGUCAACUACAUCUCCAAGAACAAGGAGAUCACCUUGGACCAAGCCACCAAGACUGUCUUGGACAACCAGCAGUCCGGUUCUGGUGUUCUGACCCCAACCGAGGAGGAGGACACCCCAUCUUCCGACGACGAGAUUGCUUCCUUGCCAGACAAGACUUCUAUCUUGCAGCCAGUCUCUUCCAUCAUUCCACCUCAAACCAUCCCAUUCUUGCACCUUCAAAAGAAGACCAAGCACGGCUGGGAGUACGACCACAAGUUGUCUUCCAUGUACUUGGAUGGCUUGGAGAGCGGUGCCAUCAACGGUUUGACCUUCAAGGACAAGCACGUCUUGGUCACUGGUGCUGGUGCUGGCUCUAUCGGUGCUGAGAUCUUGCAAGGUUUGAUCUCCGGUGGUGCCAAGGUCAUUGUCACCACUUCCAGAUUCUCCAAGAAGGUCACUGAAUACUACCAAUCCAUGUACUCCCGUUACGGUGCUACUGGCUCCACCUUGAUUGUUGUUCCAUUCAACCAGGGUUCUCAACAAGAUGUUGAGGCUUUGGUCGAGUACAUCUACAACAAGAAGGACGGUUUGGGCUGGGACUUGGAUGCCAUCAUUCCUUUCGCUGCUAUCCCAGAGAACGGUAACGGUAUCGACAACAUCGACUCUCGUUCCGAGUUGGCCCACAGAAUCAUGUUGACCAACUUGAUCCGUUUGUUGGGUGCCGUCAAGGCCCACAAGCAAACCGACACUCGUCCAGCCCAGGUUAUCUUGCCACUUUCUCCAAACCACGGUACUUUCGGUUUCGACGGUUUGUACUCCGAGUCCAAGGUUUCCUUGGAGACCUUGUUCAACAGAUGGUACUCUGAGGACUGGGCCACCAAGUUGACCAUCUGUGGUGCUGUCAUCGGUUGGACCAGAGGUACUGGUUUGAUGAGUGCCAACAACAUCAUUGCCGAGGGCAUUGAGAAGAUGGGUGUUCGUACUUUCUCUCAAAAGGAGAUGGCUUUCAACAUCUUGGGUUUGUUGACUCCUCAAGUCAUCAACUUGUGUCAAGAGCAGCCUGUUUUGGCUGACUUGAACGGUGGUCUUCAAUUCAUCGAGAACUUGAAGGAGUUCACCUCCAAGUUGAGAUCUGACUUGGUCGAGACCGCUGACGUCAGAAGAGCCGUUUCCAUGGAGAACUCUAUCGAGCAAAAGGUUAUCCACGGUACCGGUGUUGACGCUAACUUCACCAAGGCCACUGUCCAACCUCGUGCCAACAUGACCUUCCCAUUCCCAGAAACCAAGUCUUACGACGAGAUCAAGAAGAUCGCUCCAGACAUGGAGGGCAUGUUGGACUUGGAGUCUGUUAUUGUGGUUACCGGUUUCGCUGAGGUUGGUCCUUGGGGUAACGCCAGAACCCGUUGGGAGAUGGAGGCCAAGGGUGAGUUCUCCAUCGAGGGUUGUAUUGAGAUGGCCUGGAUUAUGGGCUUGAUCAAGUACCAUAAUGGUAACUUGAAGGGUAAGCCUUACGUUGGUUGGGUUGACGCCAAGACCCUGACUCCAGUCGACGACAAGGACAUCAAGACCAAGUACGAGGAGGAGAUCUUGGACCACUCUGGUAUCCGUCUUAUCGAGCCAGAGUUGUUCGGUGGCUACGACCCUAACAAGAAGAGCUUGAUCCAAGAGGUUGUCAUUCAACACGACUUGGAGCCAUUCGAGGCUUCUAAGGAGACCGCUGAGCAAUACAAGCUCCAACACGGUGACCAGGUUGAAAUCUUCGAGAUUCCUGAGACCGGCGAGUACACCGUCCGUGUCUUGAAGGGUACUACUCUCUUGAUUCCAAAGGCUCUUAGAUUCGACCGUUUGGUUGCCGGUCAAAUUCCUACCGGUUGGAACGCCAAGAGAUACGGUAUUCCAGAUGACACCAUCUCCCAGGUUGACCCUAUCACCUUGUACGUGUUGGUUUCUACCGUCGAGGCUUUGUUGUCUGCUGGUGUCACCGACCCAUACGAGUUCUACAAGUACGUCCACGUUUCCGAGGUUGGUAACUGUUCUGGUUCCGGUAUGGGUGGUGUCUCUGCCUUGAGAGGUAUGUUCAAGGACAGAUACUCCGACAAGCCAGUCCAAAACGAUAUCUUGCAAGAGUCUUUCAUCAACACCAUGCCUGCUUGGGUUAACAUGUUGUUGUUGUCUUCCUCUGGUCCUAUCAAGACCUCUGUCGGUGCCUGUGCUACCGCUGUCGAGUCCGUUGACACUGGUGUUGAGACCGUCAUCUCCGGUAAGGCCAAGAUCUGUAUCGUCGGUGGUUACGAUGACUUCCAAGAGGAGGGUUCUUACGAGUUCGCCAACAUGAACGCCACUUCCAACGCUUUGGACGAGUUUGCCCACGGUAGAACUCCAUCUGAGAUGUCCAGACCUGCUACCACCACCAGAAACGGUUUCAUGGAGUCUCAAGGUUCCGGUAUCCAGGUCAUCAUGUCUGCUGACUUGGCCCUUAAGAUGGGUGUUCCAAUUUACGCUGUCGUCGCUAUGACCGCCACUGCCACUGACAAGAUUGGUCGUUCUGUUCCUGCUCCAGGUAAGGGUAUCUUGACCACUGCCCGUGAGCACCACGGUGACUUGAAGUACCCAUCCAGCUUGAUGAACAUCAAGUACAGAGCUAGACAAUUGAAGCAACGUUUGAACCAGAUCGGUGCUUGGGAGUCUUCCGAGAUCGAGUACUUGUCUGAGGAAGCCGAGUUGGCUAAGGAGGAGUACGGCGCUGAGUUCAGCACUGCCGAGUUCUUGCGUGAGAGAACCGAGGAGAUCCACCGUGAGGCCAAGAGACAAAGCGCCGAGGCCAAGCGUAUGUGGGGUAACAACUUCUACAAGGGUGACCCACGUAUUGCUCCAUUGAGAGGAGCUUUGGCUACUUACGGUCUUACCAUCGACGACUUGGGAGUUGCUUCCUUCCACGGUACUUCUACCAAGGCUAACGACAAGAACGAGUCUGCUACCAUUAACGCUAUGAUGAAGCACUUGGGUAGAACCGAGGGUAACCCUGUCUUUGGUGUCUUCCAGAAGUACUUGACUGGUCACCCUAAGGGUGCCGCCGGUGCUUGGAUGUUGAACGGUGCCAUCCAGAUCUUGAACUCUGGUCUCGUUCCAGGUAACAGAAAUGCCGACAAUGUCGACAAGAUCAUGGAGGACUUUGAGUACGUCUUGUACCCAUCUCGUUCCAUCCAAACCGAUGGUAUCAAGGCCGUCUCUGUCACCUCUUUCGGUUUCGGUCAAAAGGGUGCUCAAGCUAUCGUUGUCCACUCCGACUACUUGUUCGCUUCUUUGGACAGAGACACCUACGAGGACUACGUCACCAGAGUUUCUGCUAGAAACAAGAAGGCUUACCGUUACAUGCACAACGCCAUCACCCGUAACACCAUGUUCGUUCCAAAGGACAAGGCUCCAUACGCUGAUGAGUUGGAGCAGCCUGUCUACUUGGACCCAUUGGCUCGUGUUGAGCAAGCUAAGGUCGGUGGCUUGGUGUUCAGCAACAAGGGUGUGCAAAGCAACAAGAGCUACGUUUCCAACAUUGCUGACUCCACCUCUAAGGCUUUGAGCUCCUUGAACAAGGGUUCUAAGGGUGUUGGUGUGGACGUUGAGCUUCUUUCUGCUUUGAACUUGGAGAACGACACUUUCAUCGAGCGUAACUUCACUCAAGCCGAGAUUGCCUACGCCAACAAGUCUUCUUACGCCCGUGCCCUGUUCACCGGUACCUGGUCUGCCAAGGAGGCUGUUUUCAAGGCCUUGGGUGUCAAGUCUCAAGGUGGCGGCGCUGCCUUGAAGGAGAUUGAGAUUGUCCGUGACUCCAACGGUGCUCCAACCGUCGUUUUGACUGGUGCUGCUAAGGACGCCGCUGCCAAGGCUGGAGUCAAGAAGGUCAACGUUUCCAUCUCCCACGAUGACUUCCAAGCUACUGCUGUCGCUUUGAGCGAGUUCUAA